AUGUGUUUAUUAAAUGCUAUCGGAUGUAUUUAUAUCUUUUAUCGUACUUGGUUACAAUGGAAAAUUUCUUCUUCCAAAGGAUUAUCAAUGAUUUUUAGAUUACCUUUUUAUACUGCUAUUUCUGUAUGGAGUCAACCCGUAUGUGGUAUAUUAAGUGGAUUGACAUAUCUCUUUGUUACAAUGAAUUUGGCAUUUUAUGGUACUAUCAGUGUAACAACAUAUAUUCGAGUAUGCCGUGAAUGUUAUUUUGAUUUGGGAAAAUAUGAUUAUAAAUUAUGGACUAUUGUAUUUUUUGUUUCUGCUACUUUACAAUUAAUGUGGGUUCCAUUACAAAUUUACACAGCCGCUAAAUUACUUAAAAUUGAUUCUAUAUGGGUUUAUAUCAUUUGUGUUAUAGGAAUUCAUUCGGGAGGUGUAGAAGAAGAAUUUGAAAAAGAAGGAAAAUUUGAGGUAUGGAUGGAAGCUAUGGAAGAAGUUGAUGAUAUAAUUGAUGUGAUGGUGAUGAAUAAAUGA